AUGGCUUCCAGCAAAACUUCGCAACUUCAUCUCUACUCUCUACCAAAUGAGGUCUUUGUGCACAUCCUAUCUCCCUUUUCCACCCGUGACCUGCUCCCUUUAGCGACCAUCUCCCAUCGUUUUCAUGACCUGGUCCUGCGCAUCAUUCAUUAUCGUCUUCUGCUGGCUGCGGCCCUGAAAGAGUACAAGCUCAUCCUCGAGUGCUUUCACCCAAGCUCUAAGCUUACUGAGCCCCAUGUGUUCUGCAAGUAUCUCGGCACAGAUGGCUUAAGCGACCGAUAUGAGGGGAAGGGCUCGUUGUACGAGGACGUAGACACGGCCAAGCGACUUGGAAGACUGACCUGUCUCUAUUCACGAUUUCGUCCAGAAGUGACCAUUGAGCAGAUGGGUACAGGAGCAAGGAUAACUCCAUAUUCCGGUAUGGGGCCUGACUGCCAGAUCCGGAAAGAAGAAAGCCAUGUGUUUUGGACCAGGCUGACAACAACUCUGAUAGAUCUUGAGGGUGAACCCGGCAAAGAGAAUCCGGCUGUAACAAGGCCUGUCAAUCUUGAAGAUUUCGAGAAUUUCUCCCAGUUAUGCGUCGUCGCAAGUGUGGUGAAGGUAGUGCCCGGAACUGAUCUCCUUUUAAGCACCAUCGAGGUCGUAGACGGCGUGGUCAGGCUCUUCCGAGACUGGUUAAGGGACCAAGGACAGAGGAGUAGUAGCGAUGCCCCCAGCAACUCAACCGACGAUUCAAUUCUAUGGGUCGACACAGGGCAGAAUGUAGGUCUCAAGCUUCGGGUACGACAGAAGGAGGUCUCCCAACAGCAAUUCCCUAUUCUUAUCCAUCGUGAUGAGAUGCCACCGGCUAGUUAUGAGGUUGAUAUUGAAGGUCUGGGUGAUACUGCUACUUCGCGAGCCAGAGCCGAUGCUGACACCUAUCCCACUGCAGAACUGCAUAUUCGUACCACACGCCUGCUACUGGCUGUUGAACAGUCACAGCAGGACCAACGAGAUUACACCAGGGCUGUGAUUUUUACUCGGCCUCGGGUGGAAUAG